AUGGGUUAUUGGAAGGCGAGGGUGGUGCCGAGGAUAAUGAAGCUGUUCGAGAAGGACGGAGCAAAGAAGGCAGCGGCGGGCGAGGCCUGCAAGUCCUUCGACGACGCCAAGGUCAACUCCUCCGCUCUCUCUCUCUCUCUCUCUCUCUCUCUCUCUCUCUCUCUCUCUCUCUCUCUCUCAUGGCUAAUUGUCUCCUUCCUCUCGCCAUCUUCCUGGUUCAUGGGUUUGCAGGAGGAAAUGAACAAGGCUUUUGAGGAGAAGAAGAGAGAGCUCCAGCCGAAGGUCAUCCAGAUCUUCGAGCAGUCCUCCGCUGAGAUCAAGGUUCUUCUCUAAACGGGCUUCCUGAUCUCUCCUCCCCAAGCUUCUCCCUCAGAACCCUAACUUUCGUUCUUUCCUUGUUCACCACGACGCAGGCUACUGUGAGGGAACCGACGGAGGCGGCAGUGAAGAAUAUCCCUUCUGCCAUCGCCAAGCUCUUCGAGGAGCUCUCUGAAAUAGGUGAAGCUCCUUCUUGCCCCGAUUCUUUGCCGUAGUCUAAUAUUCUUGGUAAUUUAGAGAGGGGAUGAGUUCUGCAGAUUUUCCCGGGGCGAAGGCCGCCGGAGAGGCGGCGACGAAGUGCGGCGUCGCCCUCAUCGCCGGCCCCGUCGUCUUCGUCUUAGAGAAGGUCGUUACCCUCCUCCCCGCCGAGGCGCCGAAACCGGAAGAACCAGACACCGGCGCCGCCGCGGACGGGGGCGGUGUGGAGACUGCACCGGCGGAGGAAGAGCAAAAGAAAGAGGAGGAAGCUCCCCCCGCCGGUGUGGCGGUGGUGGUUCCAAAGGAAGAGGUUCCAAUGACGGAGGAAGCCCCCGACGCUGUUGUUGCGGCUGCUCCGGCGGAGGAAUUGCAGAAGAAAGAAGACCCGAAGAAGGAGGAAGCUCCCUCUGCUGCUGCUGUGAUACCCGUGGAGGAGGAGCAGAAGCCCGUUGCGGCGGCGCCGGCACCAGCGCCGGCGAAGGCGGCGGAGGGCAAUGCCUGA